CACAGUGACACCAUCUCAACACUCAGCCGUCUUUACACCUCCAGGAUGAACCCUCAUCAGAUAGUCGAACGGCCUAGGCAUGUCCGGCUACCGAUAGAAAUUCUUGUCAUGAUCGUUGAGCUCCCUAUUCAAAAAGAUUCCAAGGCCAUCUUGCGAGCCUCUGAUCCAAUCACGAAAUGGCUUUUGGCGUUUACCAGAGUUUGCAAGGCGACAUAUCCCACGGCAUCAAAGCUUCUUUGGCGAUAUUGUCUUUGCAUAGACUCAAAGCAAAGAGCUCUAGAUUUCAUGCGUUUCCUGGCAAAUCCGCUCUACUACCCUAGCAGGGAACCCUGGAAAGUGCGUGAUGAAGCCAGGCUAUUCCUCGCCCCAUUUCCUCAAAAAAUUGAACCCCAGGAUUCCAACGGAGAGACCGAGCCUGAAGUGCCAAGCGCCCCCGUCGAGGAGGCAGAGCCUCAGGCGACCGAGCCUCAAGAGCCACCCAUUCACAGAUCCAACCUAAGCAGACCCGUGAAUCCCGCCGAUUCGGAUGAUAGCUCGGAAAUCAGUUAUAGCUCAGACGACUCCUCUGUCCGCUCCUUCAUCUUUAGGUAUCCACCAUCACCUCUCGACGACCUUGAGACAGCUCGGACUACACAUGGGAUUCUCGCCACACUAGCGCCGAUACUAAAGACAUUAAUCAUCGACAUGCCGCUACGAUCUCUCCAUCCUCCUGCUGACGAAAAAGGCGUCCGCAGAAUUCUAAGACGAGGCUUCGAAGCCUUGGUUAACCUGGAGGAAUUUGUUAGCGUCCAUGAUGACCUUUUCCUCGACGCCACAUUGGAUCCUGAAAUGGAAGAAAAUGUCUGGUCCACGUGCUGGCCAAAGCUGCGUCGUCUUUGUCUCUUCGGCCAGGAGGUUGAUGAGAAACUUUGGGCCACCAUGGCUCAGCAUCGUCACUUGGAAACUGUCGUCCUUUCAGGGCCAACUCCGCAUUACUACCAGGUGCCUGGAUGGGACAUAAAGGGACACUGGUUCGAGUACUUACCCGGAAAACGACGAUACCCACGGAAGCUUUCCUUGGUGUUAGUAAAUUGCAUUGGUAAAGAGGCUGAUUUGAGAAGGUUUGCUGCUUCAUGGAAGAAGCUUGACCCCAAAAACCGACUAAAUAUUCGGAAUUUCACGCUUCAAGCGCCCCUUGUCAAGGCUUACGACGGGGCUAUCGAGACAUGGCCUCUUCUUCCAGCAGACCUUUGUCAGUACUGGAUCGCGGAAAAGGCGCUCGAUGGCGGACUGUGGGAUGUCGUUCGGAAGAAGCACGAAGCAUGGCUGAGGGAUCCUGGUCCUCUCAAGCCACGUGCUCAAUAUUAUUAG